AUGGUCGAGAAGAAAGCCUCUCCCCAGAUGGUUGUUGAGUCGCCAAUACUAUCUGGUAACACACUCUUUCAGACACCAAACAAACCAAGCCAUUCGUUGAAAAGGUUUGGUGCAAACACGAACAAUGUCUCUAAUCUAAUCACUAGUCCUAUAACAUCCACACCACUAACCAUACACAGGAAGAGCUUGCCAACAAGAAGACGAUUCCAGACAGAGAUCAACGACGAGAUACUAACAGACAAUGACGACGAGAUCAACAAUGAAACAGAGAGCCAGGACCACAGGUCCUCUACGAUAUAUCUACCUUCGCGACAGGAUUCCACCAUAGACAAUAAUGAGACCAUAGUGAUGAAUGAGAAUGACAACCAUUAUAACAGCAAUAUCCAUAACUACGACCAUGGCCAUGUCCAUAUUCAGAGCAACAAACCUGAUCGAUUUAUAAAAAAUCAGAUCAUUGAUAACAUAGACAAUAACAAUGAACACUCCAAUGAUUCCAGCCAUGACUUUGAUAUCAUAAAAGAAGAUAACAAUAAUGAAAACGACUCAUUUCAGGAAACCAGAUACUCAGUUUCAAUUCCAUUUUCGCAGGAGAUGAAUACCUCUAUCCUCUCAUCGACUGGUGAUUACACUAUUAAUGCGAAUAAUAUCCUUCAGCAAAACGAAGGAUAUAAUGAUACUACCAUCUUCAAUGCUAGUUUGAGUUCUGGUUCUAAUAGUCUUGAAAACAAUAUAGACAAAAUUAUAAAUUGCACAACUGCAUGGUUGAAAAAAAAAGAUAAUAUAAACGAGGAUAAAGAAAAAUCAAAAGAUGAUGACGAUGGUUUUUUCAAUGGAAAUUUUUCUGCAAUUGGAAAUUUUACAAUAGUUAAUUCUAAUGAAACAACUAUUUUGAAUAACAGUAGAGUUAAUAACAAUACUAUUGAGAUUAAUGAUUCCAUGAGCUCAAUAAAACUAAUUGAAAUUUUGAAUUUUUAUCUAAUUAAAUGCAAAAGUAAUAUAUAUUUAAACAAUUUAACAAAUAAAUUUUUAAAUUUGAACUCUGAAGAUUUGAAUAAAAAAAAUGAAAUUGAAAAUGAUUUAAUUAAAAAGGAAAUUGAAAAGUUGAGUUUUUUAAAUAGAGAAUCUUCAAGUAGCAAAAACAAGAAAAAUCAAAACAAGAAUGAAGAUAGGGAUAGGGAUAGAGAUAGAGAUAAAGAUAAAGAUGAAGAUAAAAAAAAUGGAAAGGAAAUUGAGAAAGGAAAGGAAACAGAAAAUAGUAAUGAAAAAGGAAAACAAAAAGAGAAACAAAAAAUAAAACAAAAACUAAAACAGAAAGAGAAAGAAGUAGAUAAAGAAAAAGAAAAGAAAAGAAAAGAAAAUAUUGAUGAGAACAAUAGCCAGAAUAAAAGUGAUCACGAUAAUGGAAAUCAAAAUAAUCAUAUGAAAAUCAUUGACAACUUAAAUAAAAAAGUGUUGAAAUAUAAGAUAAAAUAUUUGAAUUUAAAAAACAUUGUUAUCAAUAAAGAUAAAGAGAUAGUCUCUCUUAACAAUCAAUUGUUUAGUCAUCAGAAUUUAUUUGGCAAUAAUAAAAUAUCAAAACCAAUAUCUAAAUAUCCAAAAUCCUACCGUCAAAGUGGUAAUCCUCCAAGAGGGAAAUUUAAUAUUUUGAAUGCAACUAAAACAAUAACACCAACCCAGGUUCAAACUCCAAAAGAGAAAAGAGAAAAGAAAAAUAGAAAAGAAAAUAAUAAUGGUAAUAGUAAUAGUAAUAGUAACAAUGAUAAUGAAAACAACAGUGCUACUGAUGGUGUUAUUGUGAAUGAUAAUAAAACCGAUACAAAUAAAAAAAUUAAUCAAACUAACAGUAAAGUUGAUAGUAAUAUUGUUGGUACAAGUGUGAAUAAAAACAAUAAAAACAAUAAGAGCAAUAAGAGCAAUAAGAGCAAUAAGAAUAACAAAAAUAGUCCUAAUUACAGUAAUUUUAUUAAUAAAUUUCCUAGUAAUCAGUUUAAUAAUCAAACUGUUUUAAAUAACAAUUUUGGUAGCAAUAAUUUUUUAAACAACCAAAUAAUAAAAAAUUCGACUCGAGCUAAAAGAAGAUUAGUUGAUAUAUCAAAUCCAGGAAAAUAUAAGAAACCCAAUAUAUUCAAUACUACUGUCACUACUGCUACUACUAAUAAUAGUAAUAACAAUAAUACCAGUAAUACCAGUAAUACCAGUAAUACUAAUAAUGGGAAUGUUACAAAUUCACCCAAUAGGACAAUAUUAAUGAAUACUUCUACUAAUACAACUAUUGAUUGCUUUUCACCUAAUAAGUCUAUGCGACUAAGAUUGAAUUCCCAUAACAGCAGCAGUGAUAAUAACAAUAUUGCUGGUGGUAUUCAGACCAGAGAGAAUUCAAAUACACUUGACAUGCUAGCAUCGCAAGCAGUGCUAACACUAUCGUCGACGAGUGAAAAUCAAAGUGUGCGAGAUGGGCUUAGUGCCCAAAGUGCCCAAAAUACCAACAGUGGAAACCCCCCUCGAUACCACAACUUUAAAUCACUAUUGAACAGUGAGGAAAGCAACGGGACAUGCAUAAUAAGGUCCAGUCGGAUCAUCAACAUCAACAAAAACAAAUAUGCUAAAAUCAAGGACAUCAACUCCACAGAUACCAUAGACGAGGAGGAAUAA